AUGGCUUCACCACUCGCUCCAUGGACUUCAGCUCUGAGACCACCGUCUCCGAACCGGAAAUGGUUCGCUCACUGCGUGACGAUACCUCCGGCGAGGACCUUGCAAACCUCUCUCUCUUAUCAAGAGAAGAACACUCUUCAUCUCCGAGUUAGCCGCAUCCGGAUUCCGAGCAAGACAAACUCAUGGUCGAAGAUGAUAGAACAACUAAGGACUUUUAUACUCUGGCCAGCGAUUUGUCAGUCAAACCCUCCGGACCCGCCCGACACUCUUGACCUGCCGGAUGGUCGCGACUCUCCGACUCCGAUUCGGAUCUCAUCACAUCUUGUCCAAAGCGUUAGCCACGAUUCGCCGGGUUUGCUCCGCUGA